AUGAUGAAUCUUCUGAAAAGCGGGCUGCGAGCGAGCAAUCAAUGGCUGCGUUCGAAGAACUUCUAUGUGUUCGAGAAGCGAGGCGUCGACGAUUUGAGCAGCGCGAAGGCGUGCUUUUAUAGCUAUACGAAGGAGGAUGUGGAGAAAGACGCGACGCUCCGCGAGGUGGUGCUGUGCAAGUUUUUAAUCUGCGCGAAACUGAACCGAAUCCAGUUCUAUAACAAAUUGUUAGCGGAGGAUUCGCUGCCCGAAGGCCUCGAUUUGAAGGAGUUCGCGCUCUACACGCGACGUCCCAUCCGCGAACUCGCGCUGCAAUUCGCGCAGGAGGGGAAACACGCGAGUCUGCGAAAGCUGUUUCUCUCGUUUCCCCAAUUGACGCUUCCCUAUCGAUACGAAAUCGUCUCUCGCUUCCCGCUGGUCUCCGACCCGUCGACGUAUUUCCGCUUUCUCCCCGCGUUCGGAGAGAAGGAUGGCGCGCCGAGUCCCGGCGUGUUUUCGUUCUGGGACGGGAAAUCGAUCCAGAAAAUCAACACGCUGAACUACGCGGAGGUGGAGUGGUUCGAAAAGAAGGAAAUUCUGGAAGUGCUGCAGCCGCGGAGCGGCGAGGCGGCGAUCGUGAACGAAUUCAUUGCGGCGUUUGAGGCGGUGCAGGCGGAGGCCAUCGCGCAGAGCGACUUUGCGAGGUUUGCCGCGUGGAUCGAAGCGGAUUGCAAGAAGAUCGACGACGCAACGGGGCUGACGGAGCUGUCGAAGGAACUGCUGCAGUUGGCGAUUUCGGUGAAUUCGGCGUAUCGGGGAGAUGCGGCUUACGCGAAAUUGGAGGCGCUGAAGGAGCAGCUGGAUUUGUUUUUGUUGUACUUGAAGCAUAAUCUGGAUAUUUCGUAUGCGACGGAUUUGUUGGCUGACUCGAAUCCAAUCACGCUGUCGCAAUGGGUGAAAUUGGAUUCGACUGAAAUCAUGAAUUUGUUUUUGUCUCACGCGGGAUCCGAUUUCAUUCAGGUGAUUCAGUUGUUGGAUUCUCGCUAUCUGCUCCAGCAAAAGAUCGUGUAUCGAUACAUUCAGUCUACCCUGGACGCGGAUCCUUCCAAAGUGUUUUUGUUUGUCGAUUACAUCAACUACUUUAUCGAACAUCGAAUGAGCUCGGCGCUUUCGAAAGACCUGACCGAGUUCGUAGACUUCUUCCAGUCGAUUCUAUUCAACGACGCGCUGGCGAAGAGCAGCGAAAUGCUGACUGUGAGUCUGGAGGUGUGUCGCCGAUUGCAAGAAUCCUCUUUGCUCGAAAGCGAGCAGCGCAAACAACUCUCCUUCUUAGCACAACUCGUCUCUCUUUACUCGCAACUCGCCUCCUCUCUUUCCAAUCUCCAUCUUUCGAAAUUGCGAGAUUCGUUCCUUGAAGCCGAGGCGUGGAUCCAAUCCAAUCCCAUCGAUUUUAACACAGCUUCCUCCCAGCAAAUCGAAGCCAUGCUAGAACUGCCCCUUCUCACAUUUGUGAGCGAUGCAGCCCAAUCGAAACUUGGAUCCAGUUCUCCGAAAGAGGUGGAUUCCUUUGUCUCUUCUUUAUUCGUGAAUCCGCUUUCGUUCUUCCCGAAAGGAAUUAAGAACUACAUUAUGUUGCGCAUUUUAUUGCGAAAUCGCUCGUCUGACGCGUUGAAUGCGGCUUCCGAUUUGACUCAUUCCGUGCAGCAGGACUGGAUGAACUUCACCGUGCUUCACGGCGUGGACGAAGGCGUGAAGUCGAUGAGCUGGUGA